GAUUGCACCCAACCGUUGACCCAGGGCAGUGUUCUUCAGCUGAAUGGAACUCCCACCACACCCUGCACUGCCUUCUUCUACUCCCUCAAUGGGGACAGCUGUUCGUCCAUCAGCGAGAAGCUCAAAUUUGAUGUGAGCCGCCUUACCAGUCUCAACCCCGGCCUUGACUGCUCCCAAGUCGUCAAGGCGGGCCGCUCGGUGUGUGUCGAGCGCGAUGCUGCCUUGGCCUACACGGUUCCCGUGUGCACGUCAUCCGGCGUGCUGACACGUGAAGACACGUGCGACCGGCUGCUUCGGCGGACCACCACGGCUGAGCUGUACCGCAACAACCCCGGCCUCACCUGCUCCCCCAACAUCCCUCGCUCUGCCUCUGCUGUUGGCAGCAAGAUGGGCAAAGAGGUUUGCCUGAGUGCGACGUAUUGGCCAUUCAAAGAGGGCCUUUGCACAAAGGGAAGGAUGAAGAACGUCAAACCAUCACUGGCGUGUUCAGCUGCUUACCGCUUCUACGAUGGGUCAAUCGCAAAAUUUGCUGACUACAAUCGUGGCAAACGCUGUUCUGAGAACAUCGGAUCCACCAAUUAUCUUUGUGUGCCUUGAUAACUUUUGGAUGGUUCCUAAGACAUCUCUAGACAUCUGUGAGCACUUGUUUUAUGCAUAACUCUAUGCUAGGUUUUCGUUCCUUCUUGAUAAGCCCCUAUGAGUGUUACCGUCAUCCCCCG